AUGUCGAGUCAUUAUUCUAGGAAAGAUGCUCAGCAGAAGCGGUUCCUCAACCCCAACCUCAACAUCAUGUGGAUGUAUAACCUAAUUUACCUUGAGGCCGUGGAGUCAGAAGUCCUGGAAAGAGAGAAAGAUAUAAUAAGAGCAAGGCAGGAAAGACGUCCUAUCCCCGAAAAACUGAAGCUGGCAGUGAGAGAGCAUACCCAUCGUUAGGUAUUUAAUUCAGAAUUCAAUUUAAGAUUCGGACUUCCAUGCUUGGAUACCUGUGCCACCUGUGACAGACUUAACCUCGCACUUAAGUCUGAUCCAGGUGCACAGUUGCCCAUUAGCAGUUGGCGGACCACCAAGAUAAGGAAGACAAAGGGUAUCAAAAUAAAUUAUGCGGGGAGACAAAAACGCGGCCGUUGAUAGCUGGGGAGGCUAUACCUGUUCUUUAUGCACUGCUGCCUACUGUUCCAAAGACGCUGUGGAUGUGGUAUCUUUCAACUUCAUGUAAAACCUUCCCAUGCCAAAUCUAA